UAGUAAUCAUUUAGUCUUUGGUAUUUCAAAGCCACAUUUAUCCCCAGCGUAGGGGUUUUAUUUGCAUUGGGUAGCACAGUUAAAUAGAACAUUAUAUAUAUGAAGGGCUAAUGGAAGACACAAGGGAUUUGGCUGAACGCACCCCACGUUCAGAGCGUAAGCGGAGAGACUCGUUCGGGAUGUUUGAUGGCUAUGACAGCUGUAGCGAGGAGUCUACCAGCAGCUCCAGCUCAGAGGACAGCGAGGAUGAGGUGGUGCCCUCCAUCCCUGCCAGCCUGCCCAUUAUCAAGAACAAUGGUCAAGUCUACACAUACCCUGACGGAAAGGCUGGAAUGGCCACUUGUGAAAUGUGUGGGAUGGUUGGAGUACGAGAUGCUUUUUACUCAAAAACCAAGCGCUUCUGUAGUGUGUCCUGUUCUAGGAGUUACUCCUCAAAUUCCAAAAAAGCUAGCAUCUUGGCAAGACUCCAGGGCAAACCACCAACAAAAAAGGCAAAAGUCUUACAGAAACAGCCUCUUAUGGCAAAGUUGGCUGCUUACGCCCAGUACCAAGCGAGUCAGCAGAACCAGGCCAAAUCAAAAGCCGUGGUCCCUGCAGAGAGCUUUGACUGGGGACGGUAUAUCUGUAGCAAUAACACAAUUGGAGCUCCAGUCAGCUGUUUCAAGCAUGCCCCUAUGGGGACAUGCUGGGGAGGCAUCGAAGAAGGAGUGAGGAUGGAAGUACCCAACUCUGAUACCAACCUCUCAACUAAGGUGUACUGGAUAGCAGAAAUCAUUAAGCUAGCAGGGUUCAAGGCUCUUCUGCGGUAUGAGGGCUUUGACAACGACACCAGUAAGGACUUCUGGUGUGAUCUCUGUGUCCCUGAAGUGCACCCGGUGGGAUGGUGCGCUUCAAGUGGCAAACCCCUUAUACCUCCAAAAACCAUACAACAUAAGUACUCUAACUGGAAAGCCUUUCUUGUGAAGCGUCUCACUGGAGCUAAAACACUGCCACCAGACUUUAACACCAAGGUACACGAGAACAUGCAGUUCCCCUUCAAGAAGCUCAUGCGGGUAGAGGUGGUGGAUAAGAACUACCUGUGUCGGACACGGGUGGCGCUGGUGGAGCAGGUGAUCGGAGGUCGCCUCAGGCUGGUUUAUGAGGAGAGCCAGGAUGGGUCGGAUGACUUCUGGUGCCACAUGUUCAGCCCCCUCAUCCAUAAUAUAGGCUGGUCCCGCGGCAUCGGACACCGCUUCAAACGAUCCGAUGUUUCAAAUAAAAUCGAGGGCCAAGCUGAUGCUCCUGCACUGUUCUUCCAGAAGGUGAAAGAUGUGGACCAGAGUGGGGAUUGGUUCAAAGAUGGGAUGAAGUUAGAAGCCAUUGAUCCCCUCAACCUCUCAGCUAUAUGUGUAGCCACUGUAAGAAAGGUGCUGGCAGACGGGUACCUCAUGAUCGGGAUCGAUGGUUCGGAGGCAGUGGAUGGAUCAGACUGGUUCUGCUACCACGGCACCUCCCCAUCCAUCUACCCGGUCGGCUUCUGUGAAAUCAACAACAUUGAACUCACGCCCCCUAGAGGGUACACUAAACUGCCAUUUAAAUGGUUUGACUACCUCAGAGAAACGGGUUCAAUAGCUGCUCCUGUCAAGCUCUUUAACAAGGAGGUUCCCAAUCACGGUUUCCGGCAAGGCAUGAAGCUGGAGGCUGUUGAUCUCAUGGAACCACGGCUGGUGUGUGUCGCCACAGUGACAAGGAUUGUGCACCGGCUACUGAGGAUCCACUUUGACGGCUGGGAGGAUGAGUAUGACCAGUGGGUGGACUGCGAGUCACCUGACCUCUACCCUGUGGGCUGGUGUCAGCUGACUGGGUACCAGCUCCAACCCCCCGCCUCUCAGAGUAACAGAGAAAUGCCUCAGUCUGUCCCCAAGCAGAAGAAAAAGGCCCAGCAGUACAAAGGACAAAAGAAAAAGAGGAAGAUUCCGGUUGGUCGACGGCCCUUCAGUCAGGCAGGCAGGCGAAGGAGCAGUUUUUCCGGGGAUGAAGAGCAAAGUCCACCCCCUUACCCUGCACAGGGGCCCUCUCGGCCACGGCCCCGCCCCCGAACACACCUCCAUCAAACCCACAAAUCAGAGUCUCUCCUGAGAAUGAAGGAGGAGACGGCUGAGGUGGACGAGUUCACCUUCUCACAGGGCACCUCUGACCAGGAGAGCAACGGCUCGGGCAGCUACUACAUCAAACAGGAGCCCUGAGGUCAGGACGGAGCAGGACCAACUGGGACAGGACUCUCAUCGGGGAAACCCCAGCAAGGAUCAGGAAGGUGGAGAGUCAAUCUAGCCUCAAAUCACACUCAGACCAAUGCCACAGGCCUUCUAUGGAGUCAGUACAGGAGAGGAGGAUGACAAGGAGAAGGGGGUCUGUUCCAUGCUUCAGAGGGAUGUUCCCUUCAGGAUUUUUCAGAACAUUUUUCUAACCUUGUAGCUGUGUGUGCACAUAUUCACUCACAUAACCUGGGUCACAUAUGUUUGGGCAUUCUCUUUUGUACCACCUACAGAUGACGCAACAUCAUUCUCUCCUGUCUGAGACAUCCAAUCAGAAGAGAUAUUUGGAUGGAUAAAAACAACCCUUUUUCCACAGAAAUGGGAGUCUUGCAAGUCGACACCAGCCCACCCUGCCUCUGCCACAAUCUGGGCCGUGCACAGAGACCUGUAGAAACUGUGAGAACCAUUUAUUGAGCCAGGUCUUUAAUGUUGUAUUUCCUUUUUGUUUGUUGUUUUCAGGUCAGAGUCAGCCACUGAACGGCCUGAGGAGAGGCUGGCAGUAAGAGGAUCAGAGUUGUGUAUAUUUUGAUUAUUUCCUUCUAACAAUAUUGCCAGCUGGACUUAUACUUUGUUAAUAGUACUUGAAGUUUUUUUUCUUUUAUAUUGUAAUGAUUUUGGAGUUGUUUUUGUCUUAAUGUACUUAUUUUGCAUUUACUUUUUUGGUGGCUGUCUGGGAACCUUAAUGUGCAUUGUUUCAUACAAGUGAUUAUAUUCAUAUAGUAUGUGGAGACCUAUUCAAAUAGAGCUACAGAGUAUAGAUAUAAAGGAUUGUGAAUUGAAGAGAGAUCUUAGUACAGUGCUGCUCAGCAUUACUGAUAUUGUUCAUUUUUUUUUUUUUUUUCUUCCAAUAUUGGCCAGAAGAUUUCCACAGCUGCAGUCAUUUCUGAUUCAAGAACAAUAUCUUUCAUGUUGCCUCCUCAUCUCCAUCAAAGUCACCAAAAUGAAACCGAUGCUGUAAAACGUCUCGGGCUGCAACUAAUUAUUAUUAUUUUUUUAAUUAAUACUUUGAAAUGUAUAAAUGUAAGAGCGUUUCUCAACCGCUGUAAAGUGACACUUAACAUUUGUCUCUUUAUUGUAGCACACAUGUGCUGUUACAGCAAAUAUAUUUAACAUUUAAAUGGACAUGGGGCAGUUUUAAAUCCACCAUUCCCAUUGUUUUACUUAAUUACAGAAAUCUUUCACUGACUUUACGUUUUUACAUCUGAAUAUCCUUCAGCGAGGUUACGUGGGAAAUAUGUGGUUUCUCUUACAACCACUUUUAUUUCCACAUUUGGAACUAGAUCACUUCCCCAAACUGACCUUCACACAGCCUGAACAGUGCAGCUGGUAAACCUGCCUGUAGAUAACUAUAGAUGACAUUACCUGGGAUAAGCCUAACAUAAUGUAAUCCGGUGAGCACACAUCUCAUGAGGCAACAGUGUCCGGUGGCUUUGAUGGCUUCAUGUGGAGUUUUAGUAGGAACCUCUCACAGUUAGCAGAACUCCCACAGUACUACUAACUUGCUGUAGCAAGAGUCCCGCAGGAGAAAACAAUCCUUAUAUUAAGAUAGAAUAGAACAGAAAUAAUGAAGCUACUAUUACUAUGUACCCUCUCUGCUGGUAGGGUACUGGUCGUCUCCUUGUAUUAAAAUAGAUAGUUAUCAUCGUGAAUACUUCGGUGUGCUAUGAUGUUGAACAGAAAUGAUGAGGCUGUGGCGAUGAAAAGCUUUUUUCCCCAGUAAAACAUUUACCUUAGAUAAGAAAUACUAAAUGAGAAACAAGUAAGCAUGGUGAGAGAGAAAGUGAGCUGCAGGGUAUGUUGUAUAAAAGAAACCUUACUGGUAUGAGAGGGUACUCUCUGACAUGUUCUCACUGACCUUUACAGUUUGGGUGUAACUGCUGUCGGGGACAAACAGUCUUAUUGGAGAGAUGUUGGCCUCAUGUAUCAGCCAAACACUGCAGUAUUUUAUAUUAUAUUAUAUUAUGAUACAGUAGAAGCUGGCAGAUGCAUCACUUCCAUACGGUCUGUGUUUGUGCUGUUUCAUCCCCAGAGGAGGACGAAACUCAAAGUUCCACCUGGAACUCCUCCUCACUUAUAAAGUCGGGAGUAUGCCACCAGAUUUAUAGAUGUAUUCAGCAUUAUAUUAUAGUCAAUUAAUACAUUUGAUUUUUAUUUAGUUUACAUAAUGCAUUAAAAAACUACAUUGAAAAAAUACACAUUUAUUAUAUUAACCUAUCAGAAUUAAUUCCUUUAAAGAUGUUUAAGCAAAGCAAAAUUGAAAUAUACUUUUGAGAUUUAUUUUUUAAUGCAUCACCUAAAUGUAAAUUCAGUGAAUGCAUAAUGCUUUUUAUAAUGAGGAAUGUAUUAAUUGAAUAUAGUUAAAGGCUGAACAUGUGGCACACUCCAGACUCUAUACUGCAGCAAUUGUAGCAUCAACGUUGGUUUCUGUCAUUGGAAGUAAGAGGUUGUUCAAAUGCGAAUGUUUAACAUUUUGUUAGGAUAAUAUGCAACGCAUUCAUGUUUUUUUUUUUUAUUGCUUAAGUUGUUCUCAUGUCAGAGCCAUAUGUAUGCAAGCUAGUUUAUAAUUCACCUGAGCCGCAGAAUUACAGGUUUGUUGUUAGUAAUGAAACAUGAACAAUGCACUGCUUUUCAAAUAGUCUCUGAGGGCAGCACUCGCAUUACACGAUAGGAUCUAGAAA